AUGACGCCAUUUUCCUCUGAGCUCGUUGGUUUCACUAUUCCUUUCUAUUCCAAAACCCUGAAACACCGAUUACUAUCUCACAGUCGAAGCUUCUUAACCUGCUCAAACACUAACCUCAACCACGACAAUGGCAAACCCUUUUCAUCUCCAGGAGCAACAAACCUUCAAGCCUCAAAUUCCACAACAGAGGCAAGACCACAACAAACUCAUUCGCAAUCUCAAGUUUUUCGAGACACACAGAUGAUGAAACUCUUCCACCGAUCAUGCCGCUCAGGGAACUACAUGGAGUCUCUCCAUCUACUCGAGACCAUGGUGCGUAAAGGCUACAACCCCGAUGUGAUCCUCUGCACAAAGCUCAUCAAAGGCUUCUUCACUCUGAGAAACAUCCCAAAAGCCGUUAGGGUUAUGGAGAUCCUCGAGAAAUUCGGACAUCCCGAUGUCUUCGCUUACAACGCACUCAUCAACGGGUUCUGCAAGAUGAAUCGAAUCGAAGACUCGACGAAAGUCCUCGACAGGAUGAGAAGCAAAGGCUUCUCACCGGACACUGUCACUUACAACAUAAUGAUUGGUAGUUUGUGUAGUAGAGGGAAGCUCGAUCUCGCCAUGAAGGUUUUAGACCAACUGCUAACCGAUAACUGCCAACCGACGGUGAUCACUUACACGAUUCUGAUCGAAGCGACGAUGCUCGACGGAGGUGUCGACGAAGCCUUGAAGCUUCUUGAUGAGAUGUUGUCGAGAGGGUUGAAGCCAGACAUGUUCACUUACAACACGAUCAUAAGAGGGAUGUGUAAAGAAGGAAUGGUGGAUCGCGCGUUGGAGAUGGUUAAGGAUUUGGAAGCGAGAGGCUGUUGUGAGCCUGACGUCAUCUCUUACAACAUCUUGCUUCGAGCUCUGUUGAACCAAGGGAAAUGGGAAGAAGGAGAGAAGCUGAUGACGAAGAUGUUGUCGGAGAGUUGCGAGCCGAACGUCGUCACUUACAGCAUUCUGAUCACGACUCUCUGCCGCGAUGGGAAGAUUGAUGAAGCGUUGAAUCUGAUUAAGAUGAUGAAGGAGAGAGGGUUAACGCCUGACGCUUAUAGUUACGAUCCUUUGAUCGCUGCGUUUUGUAGAGAAGGUAGGUUAGGUUUAGCGAUCGAGUUCUUGGAGACGAUGAUCUCUGAAGGGUGUUUGCCGGAUAUUGUUAACUACAACACGGUUUUAGCUACGCUGUGCAAGAACGGGAAAGCGGAUCAAGCGCUGGAGAUCUUUUGGAAGCUAGGGGAAGUCGGUUGCUCGCCGAAUUCGAGCUCGUACAACACCAUGUUCAGCGCGUUGUGGAGCAGCGGAGAUAAGCUCAGGGCGUUGACGAUGAUAUCGGAGAUGUUGAGCCACGGGGUUGAUCCGGAUGAGAUCACUUACAACUCGAUGAUCUCGUGUUUGUGCAGAGAAGGAAUGGUGGAGGAAGCUUUUGAGCUCUUGGUUGAUAUGAGAAGCUGUUGUGAGAUUCAGCCGUCGGUUGUUACGUACAACAUUGUGGUUUUGGGGUUUUGUAAAGCUCAUAGGAUUGGUGAAGCGAUUGAUGUUUUGGAGUCGAUGGUUGGGAAUGGAUGUAGGCCUAAUGAGACUACUUAUACGGUGCUUGUUGAAGGGAUUGGGUUCGCUGGGUUUAGAGCUGAAGCUAUGGAGUUGGCUAAUGAUCUUGUGAGGAUUGAUGCCAUUUCUGAGUAUUCUUUCAAGAGAUUGCAUAGGAAUUUCCCUUUACUCAAUGUUUUACAGAGAUCUAAGUAG